CGCUCUGACAAUUUUCUAAGACAUCAGAUGACCCUCUACCAUGUUUCCAAAAUGUCGGAAGUAGAGAUGAAAAUUAAAACUGUACCCAUUCAAGAAGAACCAAACUAUUUGAUCGCCUAUAAAGAACAUCUAAAACGCUUAAAAAUUAUUACAGACAAAAUGAUAAAACGAAAGAAAAACUCUAAAUCGGCUCCGAAAAUUACUCCACUUUCAUUAGAGGAAAUUCUAGCAGAUGUCAAUAAAAUCGCAAGGGAACAACAGCUUGCACAUGCACAUAGGGGAUUAAGUUGCGACGAAGAAUUAUUCUUGGACUGUUGCGAACUUUUAAAGGAAUCUCACAAGAAACAAGACCCCGUCACUGAAAUAUCAUCUAUAAUAAAAGAUACGGAUGACUUGCUAUGCUCGUCAGAAGCCGCCAAUGUAGGGUUAGAUCUUUUAGGAAAAACUGAUAUUGAUGUUAAAUCAGACAAAAAUAAAAACGAUGGCGACGUUGACUCUAUAACUGCUAAGACUAUUUUAGAAAGUGAAGAGGUCCGGAAUUUAGAAAAUGAUUUAAUCUCUGGUUUAAAGGAAGCUGCUAACGCAAGUAAUCUGAACAAGUCUGCUAUUGUUUUUCAACAAACGGUGAAUGAUGAGGACCAGGAUCAUAUGCAAGACUUUAGUGACCACUUCUCGAGUCCUGCAGCUACUGAAUCGCUUAAUAAUUACGAGGACCCCGUAGAACUAAACGCAAUAAAAGACAAGAAGUAUCCUGAGUAUAAAGAAAAAAUGUACCCAGACAUAGAAGAAUUCGACAUGUUUGAAGAUAAAUUUGAUAAGAUUAAGAGGAAAUGUCGAUCUCAAGCAGCAGCGGCUAAACAACCUCAACUUGUAGUUGAACCCAGUAUCAGUCGCAAAGGACGAAAAAAGACAGAGAAGAAAAAAGGAAAGAAAAAUUCCAAGAAGAACCAUCCCAAUACUGUUCUGACUAAAGGAGCACUAAAAGGAUUUGAUGGAAUUAAAGUAUCGAUUCCAACAUCAGAUAUAAAUAUUUCUGCAAUUGUAUCACCUUUGGAUAGCUCGCAUAAAAAGAAAAAGAAGAAUACUUUAAAGAAGAAGAGAGAAACUCAAAACUCUGAAUCGAGUAGCAAAUACGAUAGCGACCAUCCCCUUAAUGACAGUUCCGCUUCUCUAAAAAAUGUUGAUGUAUAUGAAUUCAUGGAUAAUGAAGAUGUUGAAUUAUUCGAAUUCAGACCAUCAACAUUAAUGGAAAGGUUUAAAAGCAUCACUAAUAAGGACGGGGCGAGCACGUCGAAGGCGAGCCCCGUGGUCGAGGAGGCCGACCGCUCCAGCGUCAGCGGCUCCGACGGCGACGACUUCGUCUAUAUGUCCGACGAUUACGUUUGCAGUGAUGACGAAACUGAAAACAGCUUAAUGUCUUGUGACGUUACCAACACCAAAAUUUCCGCGGACACCAAGAAACUCUCUUCCCAAAUGAAGAAAAGAGACGCUGUUGAGAAAAACGCAGUUAUGGGGAAAAUUUUCAAGAACAAUGCUGUAAGAACUGAAAAGAAAACAACAAAAAAUAAAGAACCGGUCAAACCUAAGGCAAAUCUCGACCAGCUUUUUGACAGUUUACUUGAAGACGAACCUAGUUCUUCGAUGCUGAACGACGAAUCACUACCUCUUAACGAUGACGCGACUUAUGGUUCGAAAUUUGAAAACAUAAUUGCGUCACCGAGUCGAUCUGAAGAAUUGUUACCGAAAUUUGACCAAUACCAAACCAAGAAAAAAUACAGUUUAAGCACAGACAAAGAAAAUUACUCUUCAAAAUAUAAAAAUCAUUCGUCGGAUAACGAUGAUGACGACGAGCCCUCUUCUUUUAAUGAUUACGGCCCAUCGACUUCAAAACUCUGUUUAAAAUCAUUUAUCGGCGAUCAUAAAAGUACGAAACCUGGGCUGCGUCCUUCUUUGUCACCACCUGAAUUAAAACCGGUUUCACCAAAGAAAUAUGAUUACACGUUGCAAAAAAAACCUGAACGAAAGGCACAUGAUGACUAUAUAGACGAUGAAGAAACUGUAAGAAAGGGAAACGAGGGAAUGAAAAAAAGCAAUGCUAAAUGUAAUAAAGACGAUAGAUCGCCCGUAACAAAAAUAGGCGAUAGCUUUAGAAUCUCUAGUGAUUAUAAUGAAAUUGGAUUACAAGAUUUUACAUCAGACGAAACAGGCGUAGCGAGGCAAAGGGCACGUAGAAAAUGCACAGUAGGAAAGCAAAACAUCCUCGCUGAAACCUGGAGCUCAGAGUCGGAGCCCGAUGGUGGGCCACCGCGACCGAACAGUGCCGAAUCUAUGGCUUCUGGAACCACUCGCAAGAAGAAAGGUAAAAAGAAAGAUGCGCAACAUGUGGGCGGGCGGCGAACUAAUAACCGCCAUAUUUCUUUUAAGAAACAGGAAAUUGUAAGCAGGGUAUCUAGUAGUAUUCGCAACACGUCGAUGCACACAAGCGGUACUAGCAGCAGUGGAGACGUAGAUAACAUUAGCCCACGAAGGUCAUUUGCACCGCUCGGAUCACCAGAGAGAAGUGAGCCUAGCACUAGUGCGGUUAGUGCAAGCGGCGGCGCUUGCAAGUCCGUGGAGGAACCGCCGGCUAUUCCAUCAACAUCAUCGGGUGCAAGUGCAUCGUCUCCUCCAGCCGGGUCUUCUAUGUCGACGGAAGGCGCGGCAGGCGAUCCCUCGGAGCCGACGUUCCUCGUGCCGGCCGAGCCCGGCACGUCGGGCGGAGUACGCCCGCGCGCGUACUGCUGGUCCCCGGACGGCGGCGACACGGAGCACGGGGCUCGCGAGGAGCUGGCGCGCGCCGUGCGCGAGGACGCCCAGCAGCAACAGCAGCAACAGCACGGCUGGAUCGUCGGCGAUAGCCAUAAGAAGUUAGUUACUAUGUUAGCACACGCGAAAGGUCGAAAGCGUAAUAAUAAUAACGACGACAAACGUCAUAAGACCGAAUAAGCUUAGAAUAAUUAGCGUUUAUCAAUGUUGUAAAUAUGUUGUAAUAUAUAGUUACUGAUUUUAGUUCUUUAUAAAAUGUCAUUUUUUUUCAUGACAUUUGACCAGAAUUCUUAUAUGAUAAAUUUCAUUAAAUUGAGUUUUGUAAAUACUGUACAUCUUUUCACAAACUAUUAGUUAAAUCUUUAUGUCCCUUGCAGUAUGGUAGCAUAGUUAAAUAAAAUAUAUCUAUUCUGAAUUAUAUUGAAAAAUUAUGAUUCAAGGUGUCAAUGAUAUUGUUUGUUAUUUAAUAAAUAUCCAUAUUUUUAUUUUUUCUAUUUCGUGGCUGGUGUAAAUAUUGUACAUUUUAUUUGAAGAGCAUAAUUUAGUUAAUUUAUGUAUUGUUUGUAUCACGCAAAUUUUAAGAUUCCCUCUUUUACAAACGUAGUGUUCAUUUAAAUAAACGCGAUACGGUAUGGAAAUCGUAAAACACCUCGACACUUUAUGAUGUUAUAACAGCGCCGUUAGUAAUUUACCGUAUUUUAGUCCAAUUAGCUCUACUUAUAGAAAUACUAGCUUUUGCCCACGGCUUCGCUCGCGUUAGAAAGAGACAAAAAGUAGCCUAUGUCACUCUCAAUCCCUCCAACUAUCUCCACUUAAAAAAACACGUCAAUUCGUCGCUCCGUUUUGCC